UCGCUGUGAUCAGCACUCUUCCCGCCGAGGUGAAAACGAAGAGCGGGGUUGGCCUGCAGUUGAUAUUCCCGAAAAACGGGCAUUGCGUCACCACAGAGUGCGUAUAUUUACGCUGUCACAUCUCUCUCCUUAGGUGUUCUUUCAUUGAAAAGUAAAGAAGGGGAGUGGCUGUCGAGCAACGACAGGGAGUCGUGAGGGUCGCUGUUUUGGCGUCGAAGAAGCAGACGGCAGUCAUCUCCGGACCUGCGCACUUUCCUCUCUCGGCGAUAAAGAUCACCACCUUCAAUUGGCGUCUAGUCGUCGCACCUUGUUUAACCUUGAAGACAAACCGUCGCGCUUCCGUGUGUACUUGUGUCUAUACAGGCGUUUGUGUUUGUGCGUGUGUGUGUGUGUGUGCGCGUGAGAGUGAGACCUGUCUCUUAUACACAUCUAGAUGUGUAUAAGAGACAGGAGAGAGAGAGAGAGAGAGAGAGAGAGAGAGAGAGAGAGAGAGAGAGAGAUGGGUGGAAGUAGAGAUGGAUCACCGCCAGCGAUGGGGGAGAGAAGCUCGCCGGGGAUGGAAGCCGUGUUGUUCAGGACCCCGGGAGCUCAGCUCCAUUUGGUUGAUGGGCAGAAGAAUAUAUUGAUGGCCCAGGGAGAGUUCUCCGUGGUAUUGGUGAAGCAGAAGGAUGGGCAAUUGGGCGCGAUUCUCGGUUCUAUCCACGAGUAUCACUGGCCGAUUGCAAAGGACGCUCUUACGGUGAAAGACACUGAUCAGAGUUACGUGUUCUCCCUUCCCGAUUUCGCUUAUCGUUUGGUUCUAGCGUCCGACACACCAUCGACGGCGCUGAAUCAUCUGGAGACUGUGUUGCGGACCUAUGGCCACGUGGAACAUCAAUCUCAGCAGUCUGCGAGCGCACCAGCAGCGGCAGCACCAGGGGCUGCGAUCGCUACAGGCGCCAGCGGAGGUUCUCUAGGUUUGAGCCCGUUUCAGGAGCAGUUCCAACAAGCGGAGAGACGCGCGGAAGGCGCGUACACGUCCCCCUUUGCGCGUCACAUCUCGACCGGAGGCGAGCUCUGCUGUAAGUGCAUAGAGAAAGGAGGGGAGUUGGCCUGCGUGGGAAUCAAGUUCGCUCAUCGCCACAUGAAGUCCCGCACAGUGCGCUGCGAGGCGCCAGCGGAAGUGGAUCUCGCGACGGCGCGACGAAUCGAGAGGGCCAAGCGCUUGUCGGCGCUUGCCAAAUCCGUGUCCAAACUGCUGUUAAGCGGAGCCUUAACGGCGUCGGAAACGGUGGCAGCGACCGUUGCUGACGCCGUUAAGUCGUCGCCGGCAUUGCGGCCAGCCCCGGUAGUGAGAGAUGUAGCCAUAGCUUCGGUGGAUGCCUUCUCGAAGCUCCUGGAUACUGCCGAAGUGACUGGAAAGAAGGUUUUGUCGGAGACGCGGGAGGCGACUGCGGAUAUCGUGAGUCACAAGUACGGUGAUCAGGCCGCCAACGUGACAUACGAAGGGCUUGGUGCGGCUGGCAACGUGGUGAGUACUGUGUGGACGCUCAACAAACUGGGAGUUAAGGCGUUUGCCAAAGCGACGGCGAAGGCGACGGCGGUGAACGUGCUUCAUGACCAGAUGGCUGCCGAGGUCGCUGGUGGUGGUAGUGGUGGUGGUGGUGGUGGCUCGGCGGCCCUUUGUAAUGCUAGUAAUAACAAUAGAGUGCAGACAGCCAGCGCGCCGCCGUUCACAACGCAGCAGCAGUCGCCCGUAGUAGUCGGGAGGGUAGGUGGAGCGAACAAUGGAGGUAUGCCGGCUGCUUCUGCAAGGCCGGUUGUCUCUCCGUUGCCCCCCCACCUUCAUCCUGGAGGGAGUGGGUAUUCGGCAUACAUCCUGCCCCCGACGAUGGUUACGCCGUCGCGCAAUCGCUGACCUGGCGGGGUGAAAGGGGAAUGACAGUGUUCCUGAGGGUGUGUAAGAGAGUGGGGAGGAGAGGCGGCGAAGUUGCAGGUGGGUUCGUAUGGAAUGUGUGGAUAGGGAGGAAAGUGUCGUCUUUCGAGUGUUCUCAAGCGCGCGCACGCAUGUUGUUCGUGGUACUUCCGUACUGCGGGAUGCACAGAAGAGGUUGUCAAAUAAGCUUCAUUAACUGGUAGUAAAGGAGCAGUGCAUCGGGCUCGUGAAGGAGGAAAAAGGAGUAGGAGGAGGAAGAAGGAGAGGAGGGAGGAGGAAGGAGGAAGGAGUGGGAGGAUUGUGUUGGGCUUGUGACUGGAGAGUGCGCACUGAGGACUCUUAAUUGAGGGGAUGAGAGCGAAGAUUGUGGUGGAUACAAUUUUAAAAAAAAGGGGCACAUACUUGUUUUCCCUGUGGUUUUGGACAAAAGGAGGUAGAGAUGGGAGAGAGUCUCAGAAAAAGGUAGUCGGUCGUUUGCAUCUUCGCAUGUCUUUAAUCUUUUGACAUUCUCGCCGUUUGGAAUUGGGAAUCGUCUUCGCCGUCCGAAUUGACGUGGAUGGACGGUGCUCAAGGACACGUCAGCUUCUUUAUGAGAAAUCAUUGAUUGAUGGUUUUGAAAGUUCGGUAUUGAGGAUUGAUUGUACAGGAUGGUAGUGGUAGAUUGGAGGGGGGAGGGGGGGGGAGGGGGGGCUGCUGAAAUCAGGUGGAUGGACGCUGGGGCGGAAAUGCGCAACUGAUUUGGUAAUCAUCCCUUUUUGUUGUAAACUUUCCCAACGGGGUUAUGCCUCGUGCCCAUCAGCGGCCCGAGCUCUCUGUGUCACUUUGACACUGUGUACAGUACACGAUCCGAGAUGUGGAUGAUAUGAAGACGACGAUGACGAAGAUGAUGAAUAUCGGAAGUCACUCAGCGUUACGGGUACUUGUAUCCCCAGAGCCUUCGGCAGUGUUUGUUGUUUGUUCGUUGGAGUUUGUUCACGGUUUUGUCUAGCGAUAAGCAUCAUUUCUAUUCUGCAUAGAAGUGUUCGUUGUGCGUGUAAAUACGUAGGAGACGUUGGAAACAUAUAUGCGUAUGUGUUUUUAUCACUGAUUAUAGUUUUUUAUUCGAGUUUCAUAUAUGUGUAGAUAUGGAGAAAAAGAAGUGAGGGAUGUGUUUGAUGGGUCGUAGUGGUAAAAGAUGUGUGCUGCUCGACGGGAAUCUCACACGUUGUAAGCGUGGCCGUCGCCUGAAGGGGCGUGAUUGAUUGAUGGGCACUGAACCCGGUUAUUCAGACAUGUGGAUAGGGAGAAAAAGACGCAUCGACUGGUAGGUGGAUGGCGAUUCGCGGUAAGAUGUGUUAUGAUGGAGGGCGAAUGACGUGCGUCCAUGUGGGCUUAGUCUGUGCUUCCGUGGCCGCUGGGGUUUGAUUGGUCGAUUGAUUGAUUGGUUGAUUGAUUGAUUCGCCGAUUGGUCGAUCGAUUGAUCGAUCGAUUGGUCGAUUGGUCGAUUGAUUGGUCGAUUGAUUGAUCGAGUGGUUGAUUGAUUGUUUUGGUUGAUUGAUUGAUCGAUUGAUUGGAAUUGAUUGAUUGAGUGGUUGAUUGAUUGUUUUGGUUGAUUGGUGGGUGGAUGUGUCAUGAACAUCGGGUUCUCAAUUGGAGUUUCAAUGAUUUUUAUGUGCUUGUAUGUUCUGAGGUCGCUCAGCGGUUGACUCGCUGAUGGGUCGCGUUGGUUGGUCAGCUGAGGGGUUAGUCGUUGAGCGAUUGAGAGAGGGGAGGGGAGUUUCGAGGAGUGUCUAUGAACAUCCUAGAGAGAAAUGAAACUCGCGAAUGCGAAAGGCUGAUAGAGAGAAAUGGAAGUCGAGAAUGGGGAAAGCUGAACGAAGGAGGGCGUCGUUUGAAGUACACGAGGAGGAUGGAGUAAAUGCGGGCUUUUUCGUGAGAUGUGUUUUGUCCUUACUGAAGGGACUACAAGGGAACGGGAGGAGGAUGGGUCUGAAGCAGUAGUCGCGGGCCGUGAUAUGUCUUCUGUCCUCGUUGAUGGAGCAAACACAGGGCAGGAGGUUCUGAUCGAGUGAUCAAUUCCAUGGAAGAGUUCGGCUUCGGCUUCGGCUUCGGCCUCGGGGUUCACAUCUCUAUUGUGGGCAUCCUUGUGUCCCAGUCUUCGUUGUUUUUGUCGCUACAUUGGGAUAUCUGCAGACUUUGGAAUCUCAGCACGCUGGAUGGGGAAAAAAGAGAACGGGGAAAAAAGAGAACGAGAAAAACAGACGGAACGGGUUGGAAGUGAAUUCGGGCGCCAAGUUAUUGGGCGGGAGGCUAGGUUCGUCGGAAUCCGUAUACUUGCCUCUCUGAAGGCGUGGUCAGAGAAAAAGAGGAUGGGAGGAUGGGGGCGAGAGAGAGAGAGAGAGAGAGAGGAAGAAACGGGUGGAAGUGCUCGUCUAUUUUUAUCAUUUUCGAGUAUUUUCGUUAGUUAGUCUUAUUCGGAUGGAACAAUUAGGCGCUUUGUUUUUACUCCCUCGUGGAAUUUGUACUUGAAUAUGGAUAUAUUCUAAUUUCGAUGUGAAUGCAAGCAUCAUGAGU